UAGCUUUUAUCAACUGAACUAACUUGAUCUGUACUCAGCGAUACACACGCAUAUGAGUGAAAUAACAACAAUGCACACGUUAACUGAAGACUGGUUAAGCAUUUUGAAAUUGGCGAUUAAAAUAGUCGUGGUGAUCUGCAGCACUUCUCUGCAAAAGCACCCGGUGGGCCCAGUCGGCCUGCGCACAGCAAAUAAUAAGAAAAAAAAGAACUUAAUAAAAUUCAAUCAGUCAGAAAGAAAGCUACGUUCGUUAUAUUUUUAUUUAAUUCUAUGAGGACAACCAUUCAACUUAUCGUUAAUUUUCUUUCACUACCUUUACUGUCAUUUGUGGUCAAUAACUAAUAGUCAUUCCUAAUCAUAGUUUUUCAGCGUAAACAUUGGGUCCGUGUAAAUCCGCCAAAAAUCUAUAGCCACUCUAAGUAUCUGUCCCCGAUGAGACCAAAGAAACCUUUGAACGCGUUAUAAUCGGAGAAAGUGAUCAUGAAGAACAUAGCACUAUUGAAUCAAGCCUUUGCAUUUUAUGAUGACUUCUGUUAAUCGAAGUUACUUAGAAGAACACUUUUUGAAACGGAAAAUGCAUCGUACAGACCAGCCUUCACCUGAUGGCCUGGAAAACCUAUUCAGUGCGUCGCGCUAAAAGUGGAGAGUUCUGUUAAUUUGAUCUAAGUGAUAGUCUCCAGACGAUAUCAUUAUUAAACGCAAGAUGACGUAGGGCAAACUGGUCCAUGUGCACCAGUUUGAUAACAUAACUAGAGUUGCUUACGAUAAGUCAUCUGUGGAAACACGGACAGUAGAUUAUUUGGAUUCGUGGCAUGAUGUUCCUCCGAGAAAACACAAUCAUGUCUCUUAACUGCCUUCUGUCUAGUUUUUAGGGUAAAAUUCAGCUUCAAAAUGGAGCUUACGAAAAGAAGCCGAAGAUCUAAAGCAACUGAAUAUCGCUGAUCAGACCGCAUUAAAAAGUGGCUCCACGUAUGUAUCUAAUCAGGCAAGUAAUAUACUAUUUGAAAAGAUAUAAGAAAUGUGUAAGUAUUGUAUUACCUUGUUCUUGGUACGGUCUUAAUUUGCAUGCGAUUCUUAUAUUGUACAGGGAUUGUAAUAUGAUGGAACUAAGAUUAUAGAUUAUAGAUAGUAUUAUUUAAAUACUGAAUUGAAAUUACAGUUAGGGAAUAGUUAAUAUCAGUCUAAAUUAUAGAUGCGGGGUUCUUUUUAAUAAUCGCGUAUUAUUCAUGCACAAGAAGCAUGCACGGCACACCUGAAGCAAUCCUCCGCGCGCCUCUUACACGAUUUCGUGAACUAUCUGAACGUCCCGAAUUUUACGUACAUUCCAUUAGAUGACUGGCUCCCAGCACCAAACCAAAGUGUGUUUAUGCCUAUAUUUGAACCUACACCAUUAUGCGUCCCUAACAUUAAUAAGGAAAUAUGUUAUAUGCUAAGCUAUAACAAUAAUUCUCUGUGCUACAUACAGCAAUAUUGGCGGGCCAAUUUUCUAACGCGCGGAAGCUGGGUUUUACGGAUAAGUUUGGCGCGAAGUGUGUAAUCUGAGUGACUCGUUUAGUGACUGUUUUCGAAGUAAUUUUCUAACGCAAUUUAAAUACAAGAGUGAACAAGUUGUCAAAUCGGGUAGUAGUCCGAAAACCUGGAAGUGAGGACUGUUCUAGUUCUGGCUUUUUGCAGUAAAUAUGCCGGUCAGUGAAGCCCGUUACGCACACUGUGAUGGCUUUACUGAGGGAGUACGUUUUAAAGAAAAGUACGUUAAUUUUUUAAUUGAUUUCUAUUUUUGUUUUCUCUACGAAGUAAGUAUGCGUCGAACUUGGCUCACGUUUAGUCGGUUUAUUGCAAAAAAUAAUCAUGGCUUUUCCCCUAAAGUGGUGCUACGAAUGCGUAUUUGCGUACGGCGGUGCUGCAUUUUAGUGGAUGCGUUAUCCUUUGUUUAUUAUCUUUGUUGUUUAGUAUUAUUUUAACCCUUUGAGGGUAUAAGUAAUAUCGCAGUUAAAAAACUGGAAGUCGAGUACGUUAAGAUACAGGUGAAGUCUGUUUAAGAAUACUUUAGGAACACGGAUAUAUACAAAACUUGCAAAUAACAGAACUACAGUUUAAUUUUGAAUUUGAACGAAAGCUUUUUUGUCAGUGAGUUCUUAUCUUUUUCUGAGCAGACCUGUUGAUAUCCGCUUGAGAAUCACCUCUAAGUGAGAUUACACCUUCAUUUAGGGAAGCUCCUUAUUCUGUGAAAGUUUUGCUGGGCUUUAUUGAAGGACUAUAAUCUUCUUUCUGUUUCGUAAACUACUUUGUCAUUUGCUCUUGGUUCAAUUAGAACGAUAUUUCCUUUUGAAAACAGUAUCAGUCAUACCAGAUAUAAUAAGAUAUGCUUAGAUCCACUUUAAACCAUGCGGUGCCCAUUACUCCAUUCUUGUAAGGAUGCGCACUCAACCCACUACCACGUAGCAACAAGGAUGUCGGAAUCGAAAGCAGACAAUUUGUCGUCGGAAUGGUUUUGAUAGUACUUUGUGUAACCAAUGUAAUAGCUAUAGAAAUAACAAGAUUAAUCAUAAUGGACAGUUACGUUGUAACAUGUGGAGCGGACGGCGAAAUGCGUAUCUGGGACGCUCAAACUAUCCUGGAAGAAGGUCCUCUCAGCAUCACUUUUGGUAGCCACUGCAACUCCGUCGUUGUACAGGACGACGACCUUCUGUGCGCUAUCGAUGGAUUUCGCGUUAAGAAAGUAUCCCCUUUGGGAACUGCUGGAGAGCUAUUAUCUGAAGCAGAACUUGAGCCAAGGACUUUUAGAAACUUUCAAGCCGAAGUGCUCCAUCUUGCUGCUUCUGGCUUCAUGGUACUCGCUUGCCUCGCCAAUGGAACAGCUGUAUUAUGUAAAGAAUCCGAGAGGUCCUCCGACAUUAUUUUGGAAGGUCAUAAAGCUGCGGUUCUCAGCGGUGCACUGACUCAAGAAAAACCGCUUGCGGCGACAGCAAGUUGCGAUGGUUCGGUUCGACUAUGGUCAACGAAUGAUGGCCGUUGUGUGAAGAAACUUGAGGAUCUUUUUACAUCGCAGGACGGUGUGGAUUGCCUCCAAGAGAUCACCAGGUAUCACCGACUAGCGUUUUUGAAUGAUGGAAAUUUACUUCUUAUAGCUGGUGAGAGAACGAUCAAGGUCUACGAGAUGACAACGUUUACCGUCGAGAAGGAAGUUGACAUCGAUGAGAUUAUUGAUGAUGAGGAAGUUAUUUACGCAAUGACUACAGAUGGCUUUCGUGUCGGUGUCUCUACAAAUCAAGGACUGGUAAAUGUUUAUUCUCUCCCCGAAAUGGCACAUAUAUGGAGUCACAAAUUCGACGACACUGUUACUUCGAUCAUUUUGCCGCCAUCUAACCAGGCUGCUUCCGCGCCACUCAUUCUCCUCAGCGAAAAAGGUGAGUUGACGUGUGCUACAGGCAUAGGUUUUCAAUCUGCGCUUGGAAAUGGUGCUGCUUCGUCUUCCGCUGAAGGAAACAUGAAAGAGGAUACGUUCGAUCCAAAUGAAGAGAUCUUAGCAGGCAGUGGUAUCGACCGUUCCGGAGGCGACGGGGCGUCACGGAAGAGAAAAGCUGCUGAAAUGGAUGGAGUGCUUGAUAAUGAAAGCAUUGCCAGGAACGACACAAACGAAGACGUUGAUGAUGAUGGAAUUGAUCUAGGUGCCAUCAAGUCGUCAUACAUGCCAACAAUUCUUGGCGAAGAUGUUGCUGAUACUGAGGAAAAUGGAUCGCAUCAACGCGUUGUUGUUCGUGAAACCGUGAAGACAAUUCACGUAAAAGCUUUUUGCCAGAAACCUUUUCAGGUAGGCGAAGCUCAUGAAAUGGCUGGGCAUGGCGACUGUGAUGAGGAUGACAAUUUUGAGGAAAAUACUACUCAAGAGCGAAGAUUCCUCACAUACAAUCACGUAGGAUUUGUGGUAUGCUCUCUCAGCACCGAAGAAUCCUCGAUAGACGUCGAUUUCCAUAACUCGGCUGACCGUCACCCAUUAACGUUGCCAAAUAAAGGUUAUACCAUGGCUGCUCUAGAUGGCCACGCAUUAGUGCUGGCUUCAGAGAACGAAAUGAUGGUUUACCUAUUGGAGCCUCAUGCUGGAGAAACGAAUAGCUGGGAAGUAGAGGUCAAACAUGAUUCCAUUGUGGGAGUAACACUCGGACCGACAUUUGUUGCUAUGGCCACGCAAAAUCAACUUCUUAGGCUCUUCACUCCUGGAGGAAUGCAGAGAGAAGUUCUAGGUUUGCCCGGACCGCUUUUAUGCAUGGUAGGUGCAUCCAUGUUUAGCCUUCGAGCACAAGAGCUCAGACCACAGGAUAAUUUGAUGGUGUUCUAUCAUAACGGUACCGGCUUGGAUGAUCGGCAGAACGUUGCUUGUAUGCGAUUGAAGAUUUCUUACAAUGGAGUGACUGCACGUGGAGCCCAUAUUCCGGUCGGACUGCCAAGAAAAGUUCGGAUGGUCUGGGCUGGCUACAGCGAAGAAUUUCGACCUAGCUAUAUGAACUCGAAGGGAAUCCUUUUUGUCUAUAGCGACAAAAUGUGCGGAUGGUACCCGGUGUUCGAUAGCAAAGAGAAGCUCGGCCAUACAAGCUCUUGUUUCAUGGUGUCUAUUGGCGAGCGAUACAAUCGCGUGUUGUACGUCUUGUGCAAGAAAUGGAGCCCCAGAGUGCGUCCCCUGCCGGUUAUAGUCAAGGAAAAGUUACAAGCGCCUCUUCUGGAUGUGGCCAACGAUAAGGUCCAAUUGGAAGCUCGCUAUUUACGAUUGCGGCAACUACCUUCGCAGGAAGUCGAAACCGGCAAGGCAAAGUUGACCCUGCAGAUGUUCGCUCUUGCUCUGAAAUCCGACCGUCUGACGCGGGCGGCUGAUAUUAUUCGUAUGGAAUCCUCGCACAAGGAAACCCUUCAGCUUUUUAUGGAGUACACAGACGCAUCGAAUCGCAAUAAUCGCUACGAUGGUCUACAAAAGUUGAUAAGAGAAUUCCUCGGGGAGGCUGAAUCAGAGGACGAGGAAGACGCUGCUGAGGAUCCAGCGGACGAAGAAGAGACCUUGAUGAUGGACAGCGCAGAAGUUAUUCGAACUUUACCUGAAGAACCGGUAGCACCCAUCCUUGCACCAAAGCGAGUUGUUUUGGGACCACUUGGUGCUUCAGACAAAAUUAACUCCGGCAAAGCAGACUUUAAUCCUUUUAAGAAAUCUGAGACCUCCGCACCAAAGGCUAUGAGGACUGGAAAUCUAGACGAGAUUCUUUCAAAGAAAAUCCCAAAACCUGCUCUUGCGUUAUCCACCAAAGAGGUUCCUCGGUUGGCGCCCAAACAAAUUAAGUUGCCGUCAACGUCACUGACGACGAAAAGUGGUGUAUCGUUUGGCACUGCUGACAAGCGCAGCCCGCUUGAGUUGUAUAUGGACGAUGUCAUCGAAGAGCUUAAAAGAGAAUGUCGCGAUGGAGACAACGACACUUGGCUCAAGAUGGCAGCUCAAAGGUACCGAGCGUUGACGUCAGAUCAACGAGCGGCCUAUAUCGAGCUCAGCAGAAAUCCGUCAAAACGAGCACGGGUGGACAUAUCGUGAGACGUACAUAUUACAUAGUGAAAUGCGAAAUGUGUAAAAGUUUGAGCGAAACCUAUUAAUAGGGUUAACAUGUUUGUUUAUUGCCAGGUUUCCAUAUUUGCACCUUCUAUAAAUAGGAAAACAUUUACUUUGACUUUUCGAAAAAUACGUAUUAAAAUUUAAAUUUUUCUCAUUUUUUCCAAUAAAAGUAAAUGGUUGAUACUCAAGAGAAAUUUCGCAGGUAAUUUCUAUAGAGUUUUCAUUAAUUUUAUCUUUUAUUCCGUUUCAUUUUAUUUGCUGUAAAAGUAUAUGGCAAAAUUGUAGGAAGAUUAUGAAAUAUACUGAUGAUAAAUGAACGAUAAUGUGUAUACCGAGAUAAAUAAAAUGAA